AGCACAUUUUAUUAUGAGCAGAAAAUGAAGAUUUUGUUUCAGACAAGUGAUAUUGGAUCGGCAAGAGGCGUCGCAAACUCGAAUAUUCUCCCCCUGUUUUUUCCGUUCUCUUCUCGUCAUUUAACGCCGUGUUUGCUUCACAGCCUUUAAAUAUUUCAGCUUCGGCUUUUCGCCUUUACACUCUUCAAAAUUCAUUUAUCAAACCCGAAUAAGGAACUUCAGAUCCGUUCAUCAAUCAAUAAUCAUGGCGUCGCCGGAUGUUCUCCAGAGAGAAGAUACCCUCCUUCAUUCAUCUCCUCUUUUUGAUCCCAAGAAAGCGGGAGAAAGUGCAAAGUCGCGCGGACUGUCUCUUGAGAAGAAGAUUGAAUUUUUAGAGAGCUUAACUGGAAAAGUCAGCAAUCGGAGAUCUCGAAGAUGGUUAAAUGAUCGUUUGUUGAUGGAACUUGUUCCUCGCUUAGAUGCAGAGGAAAUUAGAGGAUUGUUUGCUCCCCCUCCCUGGGGUGAUGAAGUGCCGCCAUCAGCUUUUUGUAUGACCAAUUGUCAAGAGUGGGACAAAUUCAGGAAUAUAGACAUGGAUAAAGAGGCUAAUAUUAUUACCACUCUAAAUAGCUCAUCUCUAAAGAAGAAAGGUCAUGACAAUGCUGAGAAGAUAGCUGUUUUAAAUGCAUGGCAUAGAGUUGAUUGUCGAACAAGAGAGGCGCUUCGCCGUAACUUUCUUUCAGAACUGAUUGGGGGCUAUGAGGAUUGCAUACGGGCCUUCAUCAAGGAGAGUGGAGAUGGAGAUGGAGAUGUGCUCGUGCUAAAGGUUCAAGAUUCUUUUCAUAGGUUGUUGCUGCAUGGUGUCUGCGAGUUCUACAACUUGGUCUCAAUAACAGUUACAGAAUCAAAGGAUUCAGAAGCUUUGAAGAUGACAAAGAUAAGGAAGAAGAAAAGGGUUUCGCCCUAUCUCCCGAACAUUACCCUGUCCCAUUUUCUGAAAAUGUCCAAGGAAGGAAUCUGGUAAAAGUGUUCUCCCAUACAUGAUGGAUGUAAAUUAGAUUGUGUAUAAUAAUAAUUUAAUGGUGAAACUUCAUGUAUCUUGAUGAAGUAAUUUCAUUUCCCUUUCUCAAUUAUCUACUGUAAAACUAGUUCAUUGACAAGUAGCUCUGAAAAACUGUAGUCACCAAGUCAACACAAGAUGUUGAAUAUAGGAUUAUUGUUUAUUAAGAGAAUUAACUUAUUUCAUUAUUCUGAUGGAGAUGCUGUUCUUGUUAAUGAAUAACUUAAUUCUGACA